AUGGACAAGGAUCAGCAGGCGCCGGCUCCGGCGUCGACGCCUUCGUCGCUGCCCGGCGAGACCUCGAGUCUCUUCACCCUCAACUACCUGUUCCCAGGCCUCACCGGCAUUCUCUCCCCUCUACUCACCUUCUUGGGCAUCGAUCUCAACGCCUACAUCCCGUUCCUCGUGGCCGGCUUCGGUCUCUUCUUUGCGUUUGACUGGCUCCGCUGGUAUUACCGCGAGUUUGUCCAGCUCUACUUUGUGACCUCGGCCUCCAUCGCCGAAGACGAUGAGGCCUAUGAAAUGGUCAUGCUGUGGCUCUCAAAGCAAGCCUUCUCGCGCUCGUCGCGCCGCUUCCGCGUUAACAAGGAGGUCAGCAUGCGGCUCCGCAACUUUCGGUAUUGGUACCGCGAGCAGCUCAGCGACGGCAGCGGCAGCGACGACGACGUCAAGGAGGGCACCCUUCAUUACACGCCAGACUUUGAGACGCAGCACUCGUUCAAGUACAAGGGCACCACCUUCCGCUUCCACCGCAUCCGCCCCAACACCAAGGACGGCAAAAACGACCGUGAGGAACUGUACAUCUACUGCUACGGCCGCAACCCGCGAGUUCUCAAGGAGCUGCUCGCCGAGUGCUACGCCGAGUACAUGGAAAAGGACGCCCGCAAGACCCUCAUCUACCGCGCCAGCCUCUCGGACAAGAUGUGGCAGCGGUGCAUGUCCCGCCGACGCCGCCCCUUCUCCACCGUCAUCCUGGACGAGAGUGUCAAGAAGGACCUGCUCAACGACGCGCACGACUACCUCGACAUCAACACUCGUCAGUGGUACGCCAACCGCGGCAUUCCCUACCGUCGUGGGUACCUCUUCCACGGCCCUCCGGGCACGGGCAAGAGCUCGCUCAGCUUUGCGCUGGCAGGCCAGUUGAGCAUGAAGAUCUACAUUGUGAACCUCAACUCUUCGUCGGCUACCGAGGAGACAAUUUCCAAGCUCUUCAGCGAGUUGCCCACCCGCUGCAUCGUCCUUCUCGAGGACAUUGACAGCGCAGGCCUGACUCACACCCGUGACAAUGCGCCUGUCCAGAUGCCCGUUCCCGCGAGGACUCCGCCUUCCGCUUCUCCCCGCCACUGGAGAAUGCCUGAGAUGCCGCCACCGGCAGCUGGUGCCGGUGGUGCCCUCUCGCUCUCUGGCCUGCUGAACAUUCUUGACGGCGUCGCUUCUCAGGAGGGCCGUAUUCUCAUCAUGACCACCAACCACAUCGAGAAGCUGGACAAGGCCCUCAUUCGCCCGGGCCGCGUUGACAGGACUCUCCACUUCGGGCUCGCAGACGAGGCCAUGACCGCGUCCAUAUUCCGCGCCAUCUACUCUCCAUACGAAAACGAGGUUGCGCCCUCCCGCCGUGGCCGUGUCGGUGCAAAGGUGGUCGAGGUUGAAGACACUGUGGCAGAUGAGAAGGAACGCGCCGUGAUCCGCAAACGGGUUGGCGAGCAAGCGGAGCGCUUCGCCAAGAAGAUUCCUGAGCUGGAGUUCUCGCCUGCAGAGAUCCAGGGCCUGUUGCUGCAGCACAAGCACGACCCCGCCGCGGCAAUCGCUGCUGUGGAGAGCUGGGUGAUUCGAACUCGCAACGAAAAGAAGGAGAAAGCGGCCGAGGAGGCAGAGAAGAAGCGCAAGGAGACGGAGGAGCAGGCCAAGGCCAAGGAGUUGGAGGCCAAGGUGGGACGGUCUGAUGACGGCGCCUGGGAGCGGUCAGAUGCGGGCGGCGAGAGCGAGGCUGUGCUCAAUGGUGAGCUUGAAGCCAUCUCCACGGCCAGCAUGGAGUCGGCGUCGGACGCGGGGAUGACCAAGGCGACGGUGCAGUCGGACUCGGGUUACGGGACGCCGUAG